UCCACAUCACGUGAUUCAUAAAAUAUUUGAAAUCUUGGAUCCUGUGAAAUAAAAAUCGUGUUGUAUGACUUGGAGGUGGAAAGUCUACGAAAACUCGGUCCAACACCCACCAUUCUUCUACUGAGAAUCGACACCGUACGUCCACAACGUGGCUUGCUUACUUGCUUUGUGCCAAACAAUCCCAGCUUUCUUCUACAAAAUUAAAGCCCCCCUCACUCCAUUGGUGCAAAAUCUAGACCAAUUUUCUGGCUUCCAACGCACCAAUCUACUACUCAUUAUUCAGUAACCAUGGCAGGAAGAAUUUUCACCCUCUCUCAAGUUGAACGACACAGAUCAAAGAAAGAUUGCUGGCUUGUCAUCAAUGGCAGAGUAUUGAACGUGACAAAGUUUUUGAAGGAACACCCAGGAGGAGAGGAGGUGUUGAUGGAGUCGGCAGGGAAGGACGCCUCCAAGGAGUUUGAGGAUGUUGGACACAGCAAGGGAGCUCAAAGCUUGCUCCGAAAAUACCAGGUGGGUGUUCUUCAAGGACACAUAUUCCAAGACGGAGACUCCGAGGAAGUUGCCUACGAGGAAUCCGAGAACAAAGCUGAGAUGACUGCUUUUGUGAUCAAGCAUGACCGACUGUCCAAGUUUGUGGCUCUCCUCCUCGAGUUCUUCGUCCCUUUCUUGAUUGGUGGCUCCUAUUUCUGUUACAGAUACUUCACCAGAGCACCCUAGAUCGCCAAUCAGAUCAUCUUCCUCUAAUAAUAUGGAUGAAAGUGGUUAAUCUUUUUUAAUAUUAUCUUUGAUUUAAAAGUUAAAUUUAAAAAUUUAUGUCUUGCAUUUAAGUAAAAUGGUGUGCUCUCCACACCGGCCUAAGACUAAAAUUAACUCUGUUAUAUUAUGUCGUUUUCUUAUUAUAUCCCUUCUCAACUCAUUGCCCAUUCCAUUCAAACGACCAAGUCAAAUGAAAACAACUUACAAAACAGAUUGCAAACAUCGUAACAGGACAAAAAGAUAAUUUAGAUCUAAAACUUUCAACUCCAUGCUUACACAUGGCCUAUAUUGGGUCAUUCCUCCCAGAAAGAAUGGUGGAAAUGUUGGCUUGUUCUCAGGGAGAAGAUGAAGCUUUGAUAUGAUGAUUCCAAGUUACUUUGUGUAUUUGGAGAGAGGAACGAUGGGAUCUUUGAGGAUAAGGAACAGACGGUGGCGAAUGUUAUGGAUUGUUUUCACUUAACAUUGAUCAUUGGUGUUUUACACAUUCUGGUUGCUCUAGCACUAGUUUUCAGAACUUUUUAGCUCUUUUUUUUCAUUCUAUUA